AUACUUUCAUUUUGUGGUAACUAGACAAUGUUGCAGCUCUAUCGCCCAUCAACAUAUCAUACUUGUCCAUCUUCGAAACUCCUGAUCUUGAGAACUCACAUUUGUUCAGGCCAAGUUGUAGGUGCCGAAUCGCGUUAAUAUUUUAUAUGAUUGCUCUACACAUGUUUAACGUGUCCGUAUAUGAUCAGACAGGUGGAUCAGUUUACACUUUGGUUUAUUUGCCAGGCGUUGAGCUUAGACGAAAGGUUUAAGGUAAACCUGCAGCAUUGAGACAUAAAAACAUGAAAAUGAAAGGUUUGAAGCAUGCAUUGUGUUUUGUAUAUGUUGGCAUUGCAAUGGUUUCUGCUGCUUCGGUGGAGCUCAAUGUCACGAAACAGGACGAGAUGAUAUGGAAGGCAAGAGCUGAGAAUGCAAAACAACACGCGAUGGCUGCUUUUGAUCCUCAUCCCCAUGAUGUCACCAAUCAAUUGAAUAGCCAUGUCCACAAGGCCACGGAGAAGGAUCAUAACAGCACGAGAAGGGGCUUACAUGGAAUAAAGAGAACCGGCCCUUGUAGAGCUACGAACCCUAUAGACCAAUGCUGGAGAUGUGAUCCGAAUUGGAUGAAAAAUCGGAUGAGGCUAGCGGAUUGUGCCCUUGGGUUUGGCCGCAACACCACAGGUGGCAAAGGGGGCAAGAUAUAUGUAGUUACUGAUCCAUCCGACACUGACAUGAUUAAUCCUAAACCCGGGACCUUACGACAUGCAGUGAUUCAAGCCGAGCCUCUUUGGAUCAUAUUUAAACACGGCAUGAUAAUUAGAUUAAAUGAAGAACUUAUCAUGACGAGUAAUAAGACUAUUGAUGGACGCGGAGCUCAAGUUCACAUUUGUUCGGGAGCUGGAUUGACGAUACAAUUUGUUCAGAAUGUGAUUGUGCAUAACCUUCACAUUCAUGAUAUUAAGGCUGCUAAUGGUGGAAUGAUCAGAAGUUCCGUGGACCAUUAUGGUCUUCGGUCCAGGAGCGAUGGUGAUGGUAUCUCGAUUUUUGGAUCUUCUCAUGUUUGGAUUGAUCAUAUUUCUAUGUUCAAUUGCCAGGACGGGUUAAUUGAUGUUGUCGAGGCUUCCACCGCGGUUACCAUCUCAAAUUGCCACUUCACAAGGCAUAAUGAGGCGCUUCUGUUUGGCGCAACUGACAGCUACACAGAGGACAAAAUAAUGCAGAUAACGUUGACAUUCAAUCAUUUCGGGAAAGGAUUGGUUCAAAGAAUGCCGAGAUGUCGAUUCGGAUUUGUGCAUGUAGUCAACAAUGACUACACUCACUAUCUAAUGUACGCAGUUGGUGGAAGCUCUAAUCCCACCAUUCUUAGCCAGGGGAACCGCUACGUAGCUCCAAAAGAUCCCAAUGCUAAAGAGGUUACAAAGAGAGACUACGCAGACGAAAGUGAAUGGAAGCAUUGGAUAUGGAAAUCACAGGAAGACCUGAUGGAGAACGGAGCAUUCUUCGUCGAAUCCGGGGAUCCUAAACAUGUGUUUCCUACUGGUAAAGACAUGAUAGUUCCGAAGCCAGGGACGCUUGUAAGUAAGCUCACAAGAUUUGCCGGUGCUAUUGCCUGCAAAGAAAACAAACCAUGUUAAUACAUUGUCAACAGAGCAUCUUUUUAACUUGUGUCAUAGCUUUAAAAUCAUUAGGCAUAGAGGAAGAAGUAGGAUGAUGUUUAUUUCAUAGUUUUUUUUCCUGGUACGAGAUUUGUACUCCAUGGAAGUAGUGAAGAGAUUGUGAUGAAACCAUAGGUUUAGUAUAUGUACAUGGACUACUCGAUUCCGAUUUAAUUGUACAUUAAUAUUAGGCAAUGCAUCGGGUUUUUCGACCUAC